GGUUAGACAUCAGCACAUGCACAGAAGCAGCUAUAUUCUAACGCAUUUCAUGAUCCAGCCACCCUACAUGGCUAUAUAUGCGCAUACAUGGAUCCCUGCUCACUGUUCCAUCCAACUCCCAUGGCCAUCAUCAUCACUCUGGCUGAUGCGACCGUAGUCACCCUCACUGUCCUUUUCCUCGCAUUUGUGUAUCAAAAUCGCAGGAAAUUUACAUCAACAAAAUACCCUCCAGGGCCUCCUGGUUUGCCAUUAGUGGGAUGCGCGUUUGAGAAUCCAAGUUCAGAGAAGCAGCCUUACAAGGGCUGGAGAGAGUUGUACGGUCCGAUUUCUCAUUUUCGUUUGCUCACCCAGGACGUCUUCGUUCUCAAUACCCAUAGAUUGGCUUACGAACUCCUCGAUAAACGUGCCAACACCUAUGCCGACCGUCCUCGACAAGUGAUGUGUGCCGAAUUGAUAUCUUGGAAUAGAGCGAUUGCCCUUGCGCCCGCAGGCACAAGGCAUAGAAAGUACCGUAAACUCGUAAAUAGCGUACUCUCUCCCAAUGCCACAAAGCGUCUUUGGCCUGUCCAAGAAAAAUCCGCUUCUGCCUUUGUCACCACGCUCUUCCACCAAUGCGUGGACAAACCUUCUGAUGCGGGACAGUCGCAUUCAGGUUACGAGUUUCUUGAAGUCAUUCGACAGGUCAUAGGCAUGCAUGUCGUCGACAUCAUUUAUGGCCCUGAAUCCAUUGUCGAAGAUGAAAGUAGAGGCAGUGGACGUCAGGCUGUCGGCUUGUCGAAACAAAACAUGGAGAAGUACAUACACGAUGCAGACGAGGCGCAUGCCCUUUUCGCUAAAGCACUUGUUCCAUUUGCUUACAUCGUAGACUGGAUACCAUGGUUACAAUUCCUUCCCGAGUCUACGCCUUUUGUGUCAUUCAAAAAAGAGGCUAGGCAAGCUCGGGAAAAUUUAGUCAAGUUGACUAUGUUUCCUUAUACCAAAGUCCGGGAAAGGAUCGCUAUGGGUCUUCCACAGAUUUCCUAUGUGGAUCACUGUUUCACAACUACUCCUGACCCCACCCCUGAAGACGAGGAAUCUAUCGCAUGGACUGCUAUGAGUGCCUACACUGGCGGAUCUGAUACUACCAUCGCAGCCAUCAAGACUGCUUUUUUCGCAGCAUCUCUUCAUCCAGAAGCUCAGGCGCUCGCUCAAUCAGAAUUAGACCAAAUCGUGGGACAAGAGCGUAUGCCAGAGAUAAACGACCGUCCUAACUUGCCUUACGUGACGGCCUUUGUCAACGAAUGCAUGAGGUUGAUACCUGUUGCUCCCGUUGCUAUUCCUCAUAGGGCAAUGGAAGACGAGACGAUUGAUGAGUACUUUAUUCCAAAGGGUGCAACUAUCAUUCCAAACAUCAGAGAAAUGCUUCGCGAUCCCGAUAUAUACGAAUCACCCCUAUCCUUCGAUCCCGUUCGUUUCCUUCCCACAACAGGCACACCAACGCAUCCAGACAUUAAAGGCCGGACUGAGCUCAACAUUGGCUCUCUCCCAUACGGAUUUGGCAGGAGAAUAUGUCCCGGGAUGCAUUUGGCAGAUUCCGGUGUAUGGCUCUAUGUGUCUACACUCCUUUGGGCGUAUCACGUUUCGAUGGUAGACGAUGAUGGUAGUAUCGUCAAGGAUAGAGCAGCAAAGUGGGAAUCUGCACAAUUUUCUAGUGGGGCCAUCCAGUAUCCUCUUCCUUUCAAGGUGAAGCUUGUACCGAGAUCAAGUGCUGUAGAAUCUCUGCUCAGAAAUGCGUGAGAUGGUCUGUGAGCACACGAGACACGCUCACACACGAUGUGACAAAUCUGUUUUAUCAAACAACUGUUUUCUCUGCACAUUCAUGUUAGAACCUUUCCCUCUCAAAUGGACAAUGUGAUAGACACUACUAUGAACGAAUAAUGACCAUUUUUUCA